AUGGCCUUGAACGUGCUUGGUAAUGAUGGCGCUCAGGAAAUCUCUCACGUUGAAGACGACAAGAACGGAGAGUCGCGGCUUGUUGAUAUCGAUGAUCGCGAGGAGUACUUCGUGAAACCGUUGUACACAUACUACUGUAAUUGUGGCCAGAUGGCAAUGAUCAGUGACUGUUUACUUAUUCGUAUGCCUCUACGUAAGCGAGACGGUGCCAGGGUCAUUGAUCCAGAGAGAACUACUGCAAAGACGUUUUCUGCUCAGGGCGAUACCGUAUAUGUUCAAAGGCCGGAGGGAUUGGAGCAGCAGUACCGUAAAAAUUGUAAAGGCUGUGGUGUCCCCCUCUUCUAUCAACAUCCAUUCAAUUUGAAACUGGUUUUCAUAUUUCGAGAUGCAUUGCUUUCUGCCCAGGAAGUUGGUGGAUUCAGUGGAAAUAAUGAAGAGCAGCGCGCAAAGAAGAUUAUAAUGAAGAGGAACGUUAAAAACCAAGGAAAAAUGGGAUCAGUUACUGUCUCUACGAUGGAGGGAGAAGAAGAGGAGGAAAUCGAAGCUCGCGAAACGGCUGAGUCAUACUCCAUGAACGCUCGUAUUGUGCGGGACGCUUUGAAGCGGAAAGGAAUGAUAAGAGACAAGUUGUUGGGCCGUGAAAUUUCAGGAGGCCCUGCUCCUAAAAAGAGAGGAACGCUUCUGUGA